AUGGCGUCGUCCGCGACCUCAUCCAGCAGUCCGGAUGGCAAGAUUGUGAACCUGCUAGCCGUUGCACUUCAAAAGGUGGACGACUUCAAGGGCAAGAAUGCGGACGCGAGGCACUAUGCGUCGCAGGUUGUUGAGGCGGUGCGCGCAAACAGCAACUCUGAGGAGGAAUUCAGAGACCAAAUCAUUUGCAUUGUCGCCAACGUCAAGAACUUGAACGGAGAGCUUGGUGCGGGGUCCCAGGAGAGGAAAGCUGGCAUAUCUGCUGCCGAGCUCGCCACAAUGGACGCCAACGCGAUGCGCUCUCGACUGCAGAAGAGAACUAUGGCGGCAACGUUUCGUAAGCGUGCGCGUGAGCAGACUAACGUCGACAAGACCUCCCUGCACUGCACCAAGUGCGGGCUGGUGCGUCGCGAUCGACUGAACAUCAACGAGCUUGCACUCGAGUCGGAGGAGAGCGGGUCCCAUUUUGACUACAACUUUGACAAUUCCUGCGCCUGCUCUCACUCCAGCGACGAGGAGCGGAGCAGCUCAGGUGAUGAGGAGGACGAUGACACAGCGAUGUCGAAGGGCAGCUGCGCCACGGCAUCCGACAGUCACAGCGACUAA